GGGCGAGCUACGAUUGGUCAGCGUAUCUUCUCUCCAAUGUUUGUAAAUUGUAGUCUGGAGACGCCGCUGUGUAGAUCUCAGCGCGCAAAUGUAUUUUCUAAUGUUGAUAAACCUUCCUUGUUUGGAUUUCUUUUAAAAAGUACUGGUCUUUACAAACAGCGGGGUAGAAAAUCUCAGCGACGUUGUGGAUCUUGACGAACCGAACAAGGCAGGAAGAGACAGUAUAAUGGUCCUUAGUCAGAUGGAUGCCGGUAAAGCGUUGACGGCGGCAGCAGCCAAAGGGAAUACGAGCGAGGUGCAGAGGAUCUUGGAGGAGAGCAGAGUGCAUCCUGAUACUCUCAAUGAAUUUGGCAGGACUGCGCUGCAGGUGAUGAUGAUGGGCAACUCCAAGAUUGCCAGUUUGCUGUUGGAAAAAGGAGCAGACCCCAAUGUCCAGGACAAACAUGGGAUAGCGCCUGUCCACGAUGCAGCCCGAACAGGGUUUGUGGACACUCUGCAGGUUCUGGUAGAGUACGGUGCUUCGGUAAACGUCUCAGACAAGAGCGGUGCCCUGCCUAUCCACAUUGCCAUCCGGGAAGGCCACCGUGAUGUUGUGGAGUUCUUGGCACCGCGGUCUGACCUGAAGCACACUAACAUCAGAGGGCAGACGGCGAUAGACGUGGCCCGAGCUUCUUGUGUGCCUGAUAUGAUUGACUUGCUUUUCGCUCACAUUCAUAGUUAGUCAGAUGUCUGGGUGCUGGGUGCCUUCCGGGUAACCAUAACCUCACACUUGUUUUGUUUGCUUCAAACCUGGUGACUUGAAUUCAUUGCUGUGUAAAGGAUUCUUUUUUUUUGUUGAUAGUGGCUCAGCAUUAAUAUGUGACACAGGACAUAUUGUCUUGGCAGCUUAUUUUCAGUGGAUGGGUGGCUAUAUACAGUAGACACCUCUUUUGCACAGUGCAAUUUAGGCACCUUAUAUAUCUGUUUUCCCUAUUAAUUGGGAGUGCACAUUUGUAGAUAGUUUUCCCUCAGUGUUUUGUAAUUAUUGCAUUAUUUCCAUUGUGUAAGAAUUGUAACAGUUGAUACAAUGUAUGUGUUUUUAAAAUUUUACAGACUUGACAUGGUGCACCCUGAUUGCUUUGCAUAGUUGUGUUUCUCUUAAUUAGAUGUACUUAGACUUUGAAUUUACUCUUAUUUAUUGUUGGAAUAGGACUAAAUAUUCCUGUGACUUUGUAAAAAAUGACAUUUAUUGUGAUUUGUUUAAAUGUUAUUUAUAUAAAUACUUUUAAAACAAAAGUGAGAUUAUUCACUUUACUAUUUGAAGAUGAAAGCACAAAAUAAAGUGUUGAACUUGAAGCUGUGAAGCUGCAGUGUGGAUUUGUGUACAGUAUACUGUAUGUAGCUGCUUUGCAUUUGGCAAGAUAGGCGGCACAGUGGUGCAGUGGUUAGCACUGUCACCUCAUAGCAAAAUGGUUCCACGUUUGAACUGCGGUUCACCCAGGGCUUUUCUGUGUGGAGUUUGCAUGUUCUCCCCUGUGCCUGCGUGGGUUCCUCCCACAGUCCAAAGACAUGCACGUUAGGUUAAUUGGUGACUCUACAUUACUCAUAGGUGUGAGUGUGACUGGUUGUUUGUCUCUGCAUUAGAUUGGUGAUCUGUCCAGGGUGAACUCCGCCUCAGAGUGGUUUGCGUACUGUGAACUGUGUUACAUACUGUAUAUGCUCAAGUGUCUAGCACUUCCCCAAGGUGAUUCAUCAAGGGCAUUUAUAAUAACUGCACACUGGAAUGCACUGCACAAUGAAAACCCUCUCAAAGGUCAUACAGAUAGCUGGAUAGAAACUCAAAAUGAAUGAGGGCCCUGUUGUGUUGAGGCUUGUAGGUAACAGCAGCACAGUUUGCUGAUGUUUGUGCUCAGGGCUCUCAUGGUACAAUGGGUAUUUUGUUGGGGUUUUUUUUUUUUUUUUCUGUGCCACGGGCCAACUUCACCAGCCGGGAAAGGAGAUACAGUUCAGCUACUGUGCUGCCAGUUCUCUGUGCAGAAGCCCAUGAUGUCACAGAAAGAGGAAAAAAAAACACUGCACAUAUGUUGCCAUGUUGUCAGAACAUUUAAAUGUAUUUGAACUUCUGACUGAUUUUCUCAGUUGAUUUGACAGGGAAAUUAUGGACACUUGUAUUGAGCUGUUUGUGAUUUCAUCAGUGGUAGGGAGUAACUUGUCUCAAGUACUGUGCUUAGGAGGAAUUCUUGUACUUUGCUAUAUUUACAUAUACAUUAAUGAACAUUUUUAUUUUGUAUUUUAAUUUUUGAUACUUUAAGCAUAUUUUGAUAAUACUUGUGUACUUUUACUCAAGUAAGAUUUUGAAUGCAGGAACAGAGCUGAUACUUAUACUUAAAGUGUUUAAUAAAUGUUGCACUUCUACCACUGGAUUUGAUAGUCUGCACUCUGCAGUUGCAUGUUGUUUUCACCUUCCUCUUUCAGAUUUACAUAGUUGCACAUAUGGACACCUGCUGAGAACUUCGCACAGUCCAACCACAGUAUUUGACUUCUGGGCAUUGAACAACUCUACUGGAGCUGCUCAGGGUUAAAUGUCUGCUUCAAGGGCACUUCAACAGUAGUCGUUGUGUAAAGGAAAAAAAUGUACUCUCCCCACCCAUAUUUUCCCAGUCAGUCUUGGGUUUUGAAAUAAAUCUUCCGGUCAGAA